UCUUCACAAGUGACGGAUCAGAUUAUCUCCAAAAUUGGAAUAUUAAAUCGCGAGUGUCGGACCUUUUCUCUUUUAAUUAUCUUUUAAUUAUCUUGUCGCGCAUUAUAAAUCAGCGUACAUUUCGCGCAACGUACAUUUGAUUGAUGUGAAACGAAUCAGCCGCUUCUCAAUUUUUCUGUACUUGAUAUACGAUCUCAAAUCUUAUUACCUGAUUAUCCUAGCCACUCGAGACAUCCAAUACGUUUUUUUAUUUUGCAUGUAAAAAACGAUUAAUAUACUGUUUAAUAUCUCUCGGGGAACAUAAUUAAUAUUGGAAACAUCAUCUGUGGCGUACGGAAUGCAAGUUGACUCAUCUCGGUCGAUGGACCAGAUGAGCAUUCCUGGUAUUCUAAGACUAGACAAAACGUCACGCUCUUCUGGGUUUAGAGCCACGCCUCGGACAUUGGCGGCUAUACAGGUGGGUCCGUCGUCAUCCCCGUCGCAGUCGCAAUCGUCGGCCAGUCGACAGUCGGUUACGUUUGGUAUUGUCGAGUUCCAGCGGGACAAGGAUCUCGUCGAGGAGGAUCAAAGGUCGCGAAGCGAACGCACGGACACGAGAUUUCGCGACGACACGCAGCGCAUCUCUAUCGCUGAAGCGACAUUCUCGCGAGCGAGUCCGAGCGGCACCUCGCGUAACCCGGCGCCGAUGGAGAAUAAGUCAACCGCGGACGGCGAGGAGACCGACAACGAGGAUGAUUACUCGGCGUCAGUUUGCGCGAUUAUGCAACGACGAAACUCGACACGACGGCAAAGUAGACGGAAACGACGUCCGUCGUCCCCGUUCGGCGACAACGUCGACGGCGUCGCGUGCCGUCGAUCUUCGGUUUACACCACGAGCUCGGGAGACACGAUAAUUUCGAUGGAUGAGAGCGGUAAUCAGGAGCAGAUCUUCGAGAAUCUCAAGCUGCACAAAGAGGUUCUGAGCGGCAUAAAGCAGCAGCCUUGGCCUCUCCGACGUAAGCUCAAGCUCGUACGGCAAGCUAAAGCUUAUAUCAGACGACACGAAGGCGCUCUGCAGGAAAGACUCGCUCAAAGCCGCAGCACCAAAGACGUCAUAGCACGCGUCUCGAUUUUCAUAACUAAGAAAUGGCAGUAUUUCCGACGUGAGCUGAUCAAUCUGCAAACGUGGCUCAUACCUUGGGAGGUCCGUAUCAUGGAGAUAGAAUCCCAUUUCGGUUCCGCUGUCGCGUCCUACUUCACUUUUCUCCGUUGGCUCUUCUGGAUCAAUCUCGUCAUCGCGGCAAUCCUUACGGCGUUCGUUGCGAUACCUGAAGUAUUGAUUGCAAACGUGACUCUCGCCGGCGAGAGGAAGAUCAUGCUGAAGGAAGAGGCCGUCAAGUCGAAGCACCUGUUAACUUUGUGGGAAUUCGAGGGCGUGCUAAAAUACUCCCCGUUCUUCUACGGGUGGUACACCAAUCAGAACUCGAACAGCAAAUAUAAAUUACCUUUGGCGUACUUCGUCACCAAUCUGGUCGUAUACACGUACAGCUUCGUCGCAAUUCUACGCAAAAUGGCGGAGAACUCGCGUUUGAGUAAGCUGACCGAAAAAGAAGACGAAUAUGUUUUCUCGUGGAAACUCCUCACGGGAUGGGACUUCAUGAUCGGUAAUCCGGAAACUGCUCACAAUCGUACAGCCAGCGUAAUACUGAGCUUCAAGGAGGCUCUAUUAGAAGAAGCGGAGAAACAAAAGGAUAAGAGAAACUGGAGAAUCAUCUCGAUGAGGAUAUUCGUGAAUAUAGCGGUACUGUCGUUACUCGCGCUGUCGGCGUACGCCGUGAUCGAGGUGGUUGAACGGAGCACUACGAAGAUCGAUUUGCCGAACUGGUGGCGGCAGAACGAGAUUACGAUUGUGAUGUCUCUGAUCUCGUACCUCUUCCCGAUACUCUUCGAGAUCCUCGGCUUCCUCGAGAGCUACCACCCCAGGAAGCAGCUCCGAAUGCAACUAGGACGGAUAAUGGGCUUAAAUCUAUUGAAUCUCUACUCGCUGAUAUUCGCCCUGUUCCGCAAGAUAAGCUUUACGAAACCCGAUAUUAAACCGACAACCAAGUGCGUACGUAAAUGGGUACCGUGCGACGACAAGACGACGCGUACGCAACAAAUCAUGACGUUGGCAUCUUUGAGCCUUGUUUUAAUAAAUAAUGCCACCCACUCUUAUGCUAAGAGAGAAAUAUCGGAGCCAACACUGCCGUCCAUCAGGCAAGAGACCUACUUCCUUAAUCCUUUGCUGGACAACGAUACUUUAUAUAAGGAUUUCAAUGAUACGUAUGAUUAUAACGAUUAUAAUACGGAUUACGAUAAUUACCGGUACGAAACUUCGCGUACGGAGAGCGGCGACGAGUCCUUCACCAUGCCUUAUUAUGAAGAACAAGAUACCAGGAGUGCGGAUAAUAGUGAAAUACAUUAUGACACAAGCUCGACAGUAACUGCCAAUUUUCUGACUGAUUCAAUGACGACUGAACAUUUCUAUGCAAGUUCUACUUCGUCCCAGAGCGAAACCACGGCGACAACGUUCGAAUCAAGCACAAUGGAAGAUUCUUCGAGGACCGAUUUUGAUAAUUUCACCGAAAUAUCAAUAAUUACUCCAUCGUCUUCAGACAGUCAGACACCAUCCGUUGGAACAUUUAACGUCACAUCCACAAUAGCAGAUAUCACACCAAUUACAACGUAUAUCCCGAAAAGUAACUUUCCUACUGCACAAUCGAAUAAACCUGUAAUUCCCAUUUCAAAAAUCAAUUAUGUGGAUAGAUGCUUCGAAAGAGUUUGCACUACUAUGCCGAAAAAUUCAGCCAUGUCUUUGGAACAGCUAGAUCUAACGACACGACAAAAGCUGCGCCGAUCAUGCUGGGAAACUAUGUUUGGGCAAGAGCUCGCUAAGCUCACUGUCAUGGAUUUGAUACUCACCAUAUUAGCCACUCUCUGCAUGGAUUUCUUCCGCGCCGUUUUCGUGCGUUUUAUGAAUAACUGCUGGUGCUGGGAUCUGGAGAAGCAAUUUCCGCAAUACGGCGACUUCAAAAUAGCUGAAAAUAUCCUCCAUUUGGUGAACAAUCAAGGCAUGGUUUGGAUGGGAAUGUUCUUCAGUCCCGGUUUAACGGCCCUGAAUCUCUUCAAGCUUGGCAUUCUAAUGUAUUUACGUUCUUGGGCAGUUCUGACGUGCAACGUACCUCACGAAGUAGUUUUCAGAGCCUCCAGGUCUAACAAUUUCUACUUCGCGCUGUUAUUGACUAUGCUGUUUUUAUGUGUGUUACCGGUCGGUUACGCUAUAGUCUGGGUCGAGCCUUCGUGGCAUUGUGGCCCAUUUUCUGGUUAUCCAAAGAUUUAUAAUUUAGCGACGCAAAGUUUGAAAGACUCGCUUCCGGAGCUGAUUCAACGAUGUCUCGAUUAUGUCGCAUCGCCUGGUAUAGUGAUACCACUGAUUGUUCUCAUGACGUUGAUUAUUUAUUACAUGGCAUCUCUCGCUGGAUCUUUACGAGAAGCGAAUAAUGAUCUAAAGAUACAACUAAGACAUGAGCGUACAGAAGAACGUCGCAAAUUGUUCAAAAUAGCGGAGAAGAGGCAUACCGUGACUGAAACUCCGCUAUCGAGAUGGAAAAAAAUUCUCCCGGCGUUGCCACAGACCAGAAUAUCUCGAGAUUCCGAGACGGUUCAAAGAGAUAACGUAGAGAUCACGAUUGGGAAUGCGAACGAUACAACGGAAAAUGAACGAUUGACGAACAACAUAGAAGAAGAUUCGCCUCAGAAGCGGGUAUGGUCCGAUGUCGACAACGAGCAACGAGCUGAAGAACAGGAUGAUUUGACAUUAAAUGAUGUUAUAUCUCCUAGCAGAAGGAUAAGCGUGGUUGAAUGUUCUUGGGACUCGCCGACGAGCGGGCAAAGUGUUAUCAUACCGGAAAUCCAAGUAAAUGACGAGGAAAAAGUUGCAUCCGACGUUCACGGAACUGUGGAAUUGGGCGACGUGUCUAAAGAUGACAACCAAAAGAUAACGUAACACAAAUUGAAUGUAAUAAAUAAGACAAUUAUUUAAAAAAUGAAAGAGAAUAGUAAUAUAAUUAGUAUUUUUCAUACCACCUUAAUUUAGCAAGGAUCUAAGAGAUUCUGAGAAUUUUGUACUAGUCUGUAAAAAAAUAUUGAAAGUCAAUUCUCUUUAGAAUUAUAGAUUUAGCAU